AUGCCUGAGCCUGCCCACACCAAGGCAUACACUCUGUCCACAUAUUAUCCACGCAUGUGCACCUCGGACGAGCUUGAAGCGACCACCAACGAGAUUCGAAAAACUCGAAAUUGGGUUAAUCAAAUAGUUUGCGCGCACAAACAAAAAAUACACCAACACGAAGAUUCAACAGCAGCGGCAGCGGAGGAAGAACCAUGCACUAUCACAUCGCUACAGGAGCUAUCACGGCAGCAAAUCCAUAGCACAAUUAUUAUUGCACCGGGACCGGUUUUGACACCAGAUAUAUCACCUAGCAUCCUAUUGUCGGGAGAUGACAAAUAUGGUAGCCAAAAGGAUCGGAUACACAUAUACCCUGUUGAACUUGAUGUCAGGGAAAUAGAGUGGACGGGGGAGACUACGGAUGCACAAAAGUACUGGCCUGGGCCCGCCGUACUAGUUAUAAUGCACGUGUUGGCGCACUCCGCCACUGUGUUGUUUCUCGCCACGAUGGUUGUGUCUCUGCGGAAUCGCUGGGAUAACAACUUUGUGUGGCAUCCUGCCACACUGAUUCUCCAGCCGCACACAAGCCUUGUCUUGCCACCACGGCCACUACUACCGCCACCACCGCCACUGGGGCGCACAUUUUCAAAACAGUCACUCAACAUGCUAAUGGAAUGCGCGGCCACUUGCGACCAGGCAUUGGCACAAGUAUCAUUGGGCGUUGAGGUACCUGACGCUGGUGUUUCUUUGGAGCAGCGCGUGGUUGGGCGUGCAUUCGCAUUGGGCAAGGGUCUUGAAGAGCAAGUCUGGCGCAGCCUAUGCACGCUGCCAGGGUUUGACCAGCCUUGCGAUAUCCUGGGCGAGUUAGAGCAUGACCAAGUGACCUUUGACUGGGAACUUUUGGCUGAUACACUGAACGUGCCCCUGAAAGACGUUUUCGAGGCCGCAUCGAACCUUUUCAGGGAGCAUAUGGGCAGGCCUCUGACGCUGAUGGACGAAGGAAGCUUCCAAAUUAACACUGCACGAAGAGCAGCGCGCGAGGAAGAGAGAAACAGCAAGUCAGUGGGGUCGGGCGACUUUAGACAGGCGGAUAUGCGCAGCGUAGAGUCGGUUGGCAGAACCGACGAAGAAGAAGGGAGCGGGCCAGGGUCGCCCGUUGUUGAGCUGCAUACGAUAACACCCGACGGAUACGAGGCAACAGAGGAUGAUGAAGGGGGGAGUAUGCGACAGAGCAUGAUAGCCGAGGCAAUGGCGUCCCGCGGAACUUCUGCGUCGUCUUCGUCCUCGUUUAGUGAUUUAUCAGAAGGCUCGUUGACAGAAUCGGCCAUGCAGGAUGCGCUAAUUUCAGAGGCUAUGAACGGGAGCACGGCGAUGUCCAUGUUAGGCAGUCGAAUGUUCCCAUGGUCCAGGAAACGAUGA